UCCUCCCUCAUCAGAAGCGAUCAAACCUCAAAGCUCAAAAAAAAUGUCUGAUUCUUCCCCAAGCCACGACUCUCCACCUCCUCCUCCGGCGACCACCGGCGUCUCAGAAACCACCACCGAAUCUACCAACGCGAAAUGUCAAACAGCUCUCCAAUCCCUAUCCUCGAUCGUCACAACCGCGACCAUCCCUCCCACCAUCUCCCUCCUCCUCGAAGACGACGCCGUCUCCGCCGCGAUCUCCUCUCUCCUCCACCUCCCAGACUCAGGCGCCGGAGACAACAACCUCUGCCGCUGGCUCUACGACACCUUCCAGUCCGCGGAGCCUCCCCUCCAGCUCCUCGUCCUCCGCUUCGUCCCCUUGAUCGCCGGACUCUACCUCUCCCGCGUCCCUCUCCGUCAGCCACAAGCCGGAUUCGAAGCUGUCUUACUCGCUCUCUACGCGCACGAGACCACCUCGCGCGCCGGCCAGGCGGUAACCGUCAACAUCCCCGAUCUCUCUCACCCCAGCAUUUACCACGAGUCGAAAGGAGGUCCGGUUAAAAACAACUCCACGUGUCUCAACAUAGCAGUUAUCUCCUCGACGCUUGAUCCGCACGGUACCGUGAGAUCCACGCGAAGGGCGAGGAUCGUCGGCGUGGCAUUGGAGCUUUACUAUAGUAAGAUCACGUGGAUGCCACGUGAGUCCAAGCUUAACUUGUGCGAGGCGUGCGAGAAAUGGGCUGGGCAGAGGAACGGGGAGACGGAGGAGCAGGGCUCACGAGGUUUGAUGAUCCCUGAGGAAGAGAGUAGUGUUGUGGCCGUGGGAGGAGGAAGGUCUGAGAGAGACAGCGGACGGAUUCCGCUGCCGUGGGAGCUUGUGCAGCCGAUUCUGAGGAUAUUAGGGCAUUGCUUGAUGGGGGGAGAUAGGGAAGUGGCGGAGGCGGGGAGUAAGGCUUGUCAGAGUUUGUAUCUAAGGUCUUUGCAUGAUAUUAACCCUAAGGCGAUUCUGGCUACGGGGAGUCUUCUACGGCUCAGGGAGAUGGCUCUUGAUCCUAAGAACCAGAUUGAUCACACUGAGAUAUCACAGGACAACAUUCUAUCCGUCUGAACACUUCAGUUUGCUGUUCUGUUUU